AUGGGUCCCGCCGUCGGUAUCGAUUUGGGUACCACGUACUCUUGCGUGGGUAUCUUCCGUGAGGACCGAUGCGACAUUAUCGCCAACGACCAGGGUAACCGAACCACUCCCUCUUUCGUCGGUUUCACCGACACCGAGCGUCUGAUCGGUGAUGCCGCCAAGAACCAGGUUGCCAUGAACCCCCAGAACACUGUCUUCGAUGCCAAGCGUUUGAUCGGUCGCAAGUUCGCCGACCCUGAGGUCCAGGCCGACAUGAAGCACUUCCCCUUCAAGAUCAUCGACAAGGGUGGCAAGCCUAUCAUCGAGGUUGAGUUCAAGGGCGAGCAGAAGACCUUCACCCCCGAGGAGAUCUCCUCCAUGGUCCUCACCAAGAUGCGAGAGACCGCCGAGUCUUACCUCGGUGAGACCGUCAACAACGCUGUCGUCACCGUUCCUGCCUACUUCAACGACUCCCAGCGUCAGGCUACCAAGGAUGCCGGUCUCAUUGCUGGCCUCAACGUUCUCCGAAUCAUCAACGAGCCCACCGCCGCUGCCAUCGCCUACGGUCUCGACAAGAAGAUCGAGGGUGAGCGCAACGUCCUCAUCUUCGAUCUCGGUGGUGGUACCUUCGAUGUUUCUCUCCUGACCAUUGAGGAGGGUAUCUUCGAGGUCAAGUCGACUGCCGGUGACACUCACCUGGGUGGUGAGGAUUUCGACAACCGUCUGGUCAACCACUUCGUGAACGAGUUCAAGCGCAAGCACAAGAAGGAUCUCUCUUCCAACGUCCGUGCUCUCCGACGUCUCCGAACCGCUUGCGAGCGUGCCAAGCGAACCCUUUCUUCUUCCGCUCAGACCUCCAUCGAGAUCGACUCUCUCUUCGAGGGUAUUGAUUUCUACACCUCCAUCACCCGAGCCCGUUUCGAGGAGCUCUGCCAGGAUCUCUUCCGAUCCACCAUCCAGCCCGUCGACCGUGUCCUCAGCGAUGCUAAGAUCGACAAGUCCCUUGUCCACGAGAUCGUUCUCGUCGGUGGAUCUACCCGUAUCCCCCGUGUCCAGAAGCUCAUCACCGACUACUUCAACGGAAAGGAGCCCAACAAGUCCAUCAACCCCGAUGAGGCUGUUGCCUACGGUGCCGCCGUCCAGGCCGCCAUUCUGUCUGGUGACACUUCUUCCAAGGCUACCAACGAGAUCCUGCUUCUCGAUGUCGCCCCUCUUUCCCUCGGUAUCGAGACUGCUGGUGGUAUGAUGACCAAGCUCAUCCCCCGCAACACCACCAUCCCCACCAAGAAGUCCGAGGUCUUCUCUACCUUCUCCGACAACCAGCCUGGUGUCCUCAUCCAGGUCUACGAGGGUGAGCGUCAGCGCACCAAGGACAACAACCUUCUCGGCAAGUUCGAGCUCACCGGUAUUCCCCCUGCCCCCCGUGGUGUCCCCCAGAUUGAGGUCACCUUCGAUCUUGAUGCCAACGGUAUCAUGAACGUCUCCGCCGUUGAGAAGGGCACCGGCAAGUCCAACAAGAUUGUCAUCACCAACGACAAGGGCCGCCUCUCCAAGGAGGAUAUCGAGCGCAUGCUUUCCGAUGCCGAGAAGUACAAGGAGGAGGAUGAGGCUGAGGGCCGCCGUGUCGCUGCCAAGAACGGUCUUGAGUCCUACGCGUACUCUCUCCGCAACACCCUCUCCGACCCCAAGGUCGAGGAGAAGAUUGAGGCUGCUGACAAGGACAAGCUCAAGGCCGAGAUUGACAAGGUCGUUGAGUGGCUCGACGACAACCAGCAGGCUACUCGUGAGGAGUACGAGGAGCACCAGAAGGAGCUUGAGGGUAUUGCCAACCCCAUCAUGAUGAAGUUCUACGGCUCCGGCGGCGAGGGUGGCAUGCCCGGCGGUAUGCCCGGCGCUGGCGGUCCCGGUGGCUUCCCUGGUGCUGGCGGCCCUGGUGGUGCCGCUGGCCACGGUGGCGAUGACGGUCCUACCGUCGAGGAGGUCGACUAA